AUGUCCACAAAUAAAUCAGACCGACACUACGUCGAAAUCAUCUCCUCUCGCCCUCAGAAACCCAUCGAAAUAGUCGACUACGACCCCUCCUGGCCAUCAAUCUUCGCUUCUCUCGCGCAACGCAUCACAUCCGCUCUCGGCCCAACCGCCAUUUCCAUCAGCCACGUCGGCUCCACCAGUAUCCCCGGCCUGCCCGCCAAAGCCGUCAUCGACAUCGACCUCGUCGUCCCCGACCCCACCGCCGAGGCAGACUACGUUCCCGCCUUGCAGGCAGCGGGCUUCCAGUUCCUCUUCCGCGAGCCGAACUGGUACGAGCAUCGCUUCUUCGGGCUGGCGGAGCCGUAUGCCAACCUGCAUGUGUUCGGACCGGGGGCGGGGGAAUUGAGUCGCCAUCAGCGGUUUCGGGAAUGGUUGGUUGCGCAUCCCGAGGAUGGAGCGUUGUACGUGAAGGCGAAGCGGGAGGCGGCGCAGGCGAGUCGGGAGAAUGGAGAAGCGGUCGAUGGGUAUAACUUCAGGAAAGAACCGGUGAUUGAGGAGAUUAUGGUCAGGGCGGGGAUUCCUCUGCCGGGGAGUGACUAG